AUGGAUUUAGGACGGGUCUUUUCGCAUCUUCUGUCCCAGGUAUGGCCACUCCGUGCAGAGCGUGCUCGCGAACCGCACCUGGCCGCAAUACUUCCACAGAAGCGACAGGCCAGAAAGACGAGCUCCAGUAAAGGCCAAGCACCAGAGCCCGUGGCAGAGGACUCCCAAACGUUGCAAACCGCUCUCGCUGCGCUGCGCGAGGCGAUGUGUGGGCCACCACCUGCCGAAAAUCGGAGGUCUUCUAGUGGCAGGAACCGGCGGGGCAGCACCAAGACCGCCAAAACCGACAGCAGGCGAAAGAGUCAGGCCAGCAGUGGGCUCGCUUCCGCCACGGAGGAGGAAGAGGAAGAUUCACUGCCCGAAGAGCUUGGGCACACGCUGCUCUUUUGGAAGGAGUAUGAUGCCACACCACAUCCGGAAGUCGGCUUACCCGCUUGGCGAGAGGAGAUUUCUGGAUUCUGGGGUAUGCGAGAGGAGGCAUAG